AUGGCAUUUUGGAACUUCGAGGCAGAAUUGCGACCCACUCUGUCCAGACUGGAAUCCUACUUCAAUGCCAAUGAGGAGUUCCGGGUUUCUUCCAUUGGACAUGACGUGUCGUUUGGCAUUACAUGUAGCGACACUCAGUGUACCCUACUUGUGACUAUCAGGGCUGGCCAAGCACUUUUAGGAUGGAACAAUCAACAACAGACUGAAUUCGCCCUGGCCGCUCGAUCUGAAGACUGGAAAGAGUUCUUUUCUCCUAUUCCCAAGCCUCCGUAUCAAUCUUACUGGGGUAUCUUGCGCAUACUCGGUUAUGAACCUGGAGUGGGUAUCUUAGGAGAUAUUCAAGCCUUUGGAAGAAGCGCGAGGCUGUGGAGGCUCUUCCUUGACGCAGCACGUCGGCAUAUAGUGAACACAAAGGCGCCAGUCACAAAUGGUACCGGAUACCAUGAGGAUCAGGAGGACGAUUCUAUUGUGGGACGUUAUGCAUGGCUCGAUUUGCCUGUAUUUGGUCGCACUAAGAUCUUCUAUGAGAUCGCAGGGGAGGGACCAAGGCAGAUCCUGUGGCUUCACACCGCCGGUGCCGACUCCCGUGAAUAUCAUGAUCUCAUGAACAACAGGAGUCUCCAAGAGCGAUAUACUAUGUACGCAUUUGACUUACCUGGUCAUGGGAGAUCAUAUCCAGGCCAACAACAACCACCACAAGGAUAUACCAAUGACGAAGACACAUAUGUUGAGAUUAUACACCAAGUCAUCAAAAAACUGAGGCUCCACCAGCCUAUUGUAUCUGGUGCCAGUAUGGCAGGCCAUGUUUGUCUUGCGGUCGCAAUUAAAGCUAAAGAGCUCGGAAUUGGAGGAGUCAUUCCAGUGGAAGCAGCCGCUCAUCUGCCUUUAGUACAACCCCCCUACGAGCUUGGUGGUCAUCUCAAUGAAUCGGUCAUAAACCCAGAGCGAGUAUGUGGGAUGAUUGCUCCUACGACACCCGAAUUCCAAAAACGAUUAAUCUGGUGGAUCUAUUCGUCUCAAUCUGCUGGGAUAUUCCAAGGUGACCUAAAGUUCUACUUCCGUGGUUGGGAUGGAAGAGGGCGUAUUGAGAAGAUUGAUACGAAAUUGUGUCCGGUUUACAUGUUAACUGGUGAGUAUGACUAUAGCUGCACCCCUGAGAUGAGUGGCGAAGCCGCAGCCCAAAUUCCUGGCGCUCGGUUCGAGAAGAUGGAACGGAUGGGCCACUUUCCGAUGACGGAAAACCCUCGAGAGUUUAUGGUCUAUUUAAACAGAGCGCUUGAAUUCAUAGAAGAGUCUCGUAGCCAGUAA